AUGUUUAACUUCAUUUUUCGUUUCUCUUGUGUAUUUCUAGGUGGGCUGUUUGGUGAGAACGAUGAAGACCCCAGCGUAGAGAAUACAUUCAAAUAUGCUCUUUACAGAUUAAAUCAUGACCGCACGAUUUUGGAAAAGACAAAGGUCAUAUAUGACAUCCAGCGUGUACCUCCACACGACGGCUUUUUAGCAUCUAAGAAAGUAUGUUUCCAAGUUGGUUUGAAUUCCAUUGCGUUGUUUGGUCCUCGGUCGUAUAUGGUGGCUUCCUAUGUGAACUCAAUGUGCAAUGCCUUGAAGAUCCCUCACAUCGAGGUUCGCAUGGACCACUUUCUCUCGGAUGUCCCCACAUUCUCAAUCAACCUCCACCCAGACAUGCACCAACUCAGCAGGGCUUAUCUAGAUGUCAUCCAGUACUUCCAAUGGAAACAAGUACUCGUCAUUUUUGGUGACAAAGAAGGCCUGCUCCGGUUACAGCGUGUCAUUAAGGCUCCGCUUGGUCACGACGCCCACAUCUCAAUCCGUCAAGUUGAUGAUAGAAACAUGAGACAAGUUUUGCGAGAAGCAAAGGACAGUAAAUGGAAGAAUUUCAUAAUAGAUCUAUCAGUGGAAAAGUCAGCAAUGUUUCUCAGAAUGGCAUUACAAGAAGGAAUGGUAGAUCCAUACCAUCAUUAUAUUUUAACAACUUUGGACGUUGAAACAAUUGAUAUGGAGGACUUCAAACACAACUUUGUGAAUUUGACCGGCUUUCGAAUUGUGGACCCGGAUAACAGCUACACGAACAAAAUAAUGCGGGACAUGGAGAUAUACGAAAUCCAAACCGAUUUACAGCUUCUCAACAAAAGUGGAUCCAUGUCAUACGAAGCUGCCCUUAUGUUUGACGCCGUCUACCUCUUCGCCAAAGGUCUUGAAGAUAUGGCAAAACAAUCAACAAUUCCUUUAACAAACCUGACUUGUGACUCAAAUACUAAAUGGAUAACUGGCGCUAUGUUGUAUACCUACCUUAACACGGUUCAGAUGCGUGGUCUGUCAGGAAAUAUAAAGUUAACGAACGGUCGACGAAUGGACUUUUCCUUGGAUAUACUGCAGCUAAAGGAAUCUGGACUACGUAAAGUCGGUGUAUGGAACUUGAAUACAGGAACAAACUUUUCAAUUCCACAGACAGAACCUGCCCCUCCAUUCGGGAACAAAACAAUGGUGGUGACAACGAUAUUGGAGAAGCCAUAUGUGAUGGUUAAAGAUGAAAAUGCCGAGGGGAAUAGUCGGUACGAAGGAUUCUGCGUAGAUUUGCUGCAUGAGAUAGCACAAAUUGUUGGAUUUGAGUAUAUAAUUGAGUUGGUGCCCGAUGGCAAAUAUGGCGCCCCAAAUGACAAUCUGGAGUGGGAUGGAAUGAUACGACAUUGAUUGACAGACAAAAAAGCCGAUUUAGCAGUGGCAGGUCUUAGCAUCAGUUACAUAAGGGAGCAAGUUAUCGAUUUUACCAAACCUUUUCUCAACCUCGGAAUUAGUAUCCUAUUUAAAGUUCCAAAACGUGAAAAACCAGGGUUAUUUUCUUUCCUAAAUCCACUCGCCAUAGAAAUAUGGUUGUACGUAAUCGCUGCCUACCUUGUCGUCAGCUUUACAAUAUUCAUUUUAGCCAGAUUUAGCCCCUACGAAUGGUAUAAUCCCCACCCUUGUAACCAAGAUGCAGAUACUGUUAUGAAUUCAUUUACAUUAUCAAACAGUUUCUGGUUUACUGUGGGAACAUUGAUGCAACAGGGUUCCGAUAUCAACCCGAGAGCUGUGUCCACCCGUAUUGUAGGCGGAAUUUGGUGGUUUUUCACACUGAUUAUCAUUUCGUCAUACACAGCCAACCUUGCGGCGUUUCUUACAGUGGAACGUAUGGUAUCCCCUAUCGAAAGUGCCGAGGAUUUGGCCAAGCAGACUGAGAUAUCCUAUGGGACACUCGCUGGCGGAUCUACUAUGACUUUCUUUAAGGAAUCCAAGAUAGAGACUUAUCAAAGAAUGUGGGCCUUCAUGGAGAGUAGAGAACCAACAGUUUUUACAAAAACAUACGAUGAAGGUAUUCAGUACGUUUUAGAAGGAAAUUACGCAUAUUUAAUGGAGUCAACAAUGAUUGACUAUAUAACGCAACGUAACUGUGAAUUAAUGCAAGUCGGUGGACUUUUGGACACGAAAGGAUAUGGAAUCGGUACACCAAUGAAUUCGCCGUAUCGAGACAAACUAUCGCUAGCAAUUCUAGAAUUGCAAGAAGGAGGCAAAAUCCACGAACUUUAUAACAAGUGGUGGAAAGCAACGGGUACAUGUAACCGCGAUGAAAACAAAAAGGAAUCGAAAGCGAAUGCUUUAGGUGUGGAAAAUGUGGGCGGCAUAUUUGUAGUUCUCCUUGCUGGUUUAGCGCUUGCAGUUGUUGUAGCACUGAUAGAGUUCACCUGGAGUUCAAAACGAAAUGCUUCAGAAGACAGAGUCAGUAAGCAGUCUGUAUGUUCUGAAAUGGCAGAUGAGCUUAGGUUUGCCGUUCGCUGUCAUGGUUCACAAAAACCACGAUUUAAAAGACACUGCUCAAAGUGCAAAUCCACGAGAGCGCAUAACCCAACGGCUCACUCGGAGACACAUGUCGAGUCUCCGAAUGGCAUCAUUCAACUUCGGGAGGUUCGUAAAUCUCCGAGAGCGACCGGAACACCGAGAGAUUUUGAAUACGACUACAAACCGGAUUACAAACAAGAAUUCAGUGGAGAUUAUUUACAUGUAGAUUACAGUGAUCCAGAAUCAUAAUGAAAGAUCAAAUAUUGGAAAAAUAAAUUACAAAAAAAAAAAAUUU